UAAACCAAAUAUUCUAUUAUCGAUCAUGUAUCUCAAAAUUGAACUGAAACCGUUGAUGGACUCCCGUUUGAAUUUCGGUUUCGGCUUUCCGCCGGGCUUCUCUCUUCUCCGCCACCGUCUGCUAAGUUUUCCGGUGACAUCCCUCGUCCCGUUGAAAUUGUCUCCGCCGCCUUUCGGUGAAGGAAUCGCGGCGAAACGGAGAUUUCCGGGGGCGAGACGUGGUCCGAUUGAAGGAGUGAGCGAUGAACUGAAUCUGAUAGCGUCCCAGAGCCUAGAUCAAGCUCUCGCACGGCGGCGCGUGCGUUCCGCUUUCGUGGAUGUGCAGCAGCGGCUUGAUCACUGCUUGUUCACGAGAGCUCCUACAGGGAUCAGAACAGAGGAGUGGUACGAGAGAAAUUCAGAGGGAAUGGACAUUUUCUGCAAGAGUUGGUUGCCGGAACCAGACAUCAGAAUCAAAGCUUUGGUGUUCUUCUGUCAUGGUUAUGGUAGCACUUGCACUUUCUUCUUCGACGGCAUUGCAAAGCAAAUAGCAGGAUCUGGGUAUGGAGUUUUCGCAAUAGACCAUCCUGGUUUCGGUCUGUCAGAUGGUUUGCAUGGUUACAUCUCAAGCUUUGACAAAUUGGUCGAGAAUGCUAUCGAACAGUACACCAAAAUCAAAGGGAGACCCGAGUUUAGAGGUUUGCCCCGGUUCUUACUUGGACAGUCAAUGGGAGGAGCUAUUGCCCUGAAAGUUCAUCUGAAAGAAUCUCAAGCUUGGAAUGGACUUAUCCUUGUAGCCCCUAUGUGUAAGAUUGCAGAAGACGUAAAACCUCCUCCUCUACUCUUGAAGGCUUUGAUCCUGAUGUCGACAUUGUUUCCCAAAGCAAAGCUCUUUCCAAAGCAAGACUUGGAUGAUCUGUUUUUCAGAGACCCCAUGAAAAGAAAAACGAGUGGCUACAAUGUGAUCAGCUACGAUGACAGAACACGUCUUCGAACUGCCGUGGAACUUCUCAAUGCCACAAGAGACAUCGAGAUGCAAGCUGAUCAGGUCUCAUUGCCGUUGCUGAUUCUUCAUGGAGCUGCUGAUAAAGUGACGAGUCCCUCAGCAAGCAAGUUUCUUUACGAGAAGGCAACCAGCAAAGACAAAACCCUAAAACUAUAUGACGGAGGCUUCCAUUGCAUUAUGGAAGGUGAAUACGACGACAGAAUCUUCGCUGUGAUCAGCGAUAUCAUCGAUUGGCUUGACGCCCAUUCCUCAGCAAAGAGAAUAUAAUAAUAACAUCGGCUAUACAUAUAUAUAUAUAUAUAUAUAUUAUAUUCCAAACUCUCCCCUUUU